GUCUCCCGAACAAAGAAGAAAGAGCCAUGGCGACGCCGGAGGCACCUCUCUGCUACGUUGGAAUCGCUCGUGAGUCCGCCGCUUUCCGCCUCAUGAAAUUAAUGGUACCGUUUCUAAGUUGCCUUACGAACGAAUAUUUGCUUGUUCUGGCGUUUUGCUUGUUGCUUAGUGGAGUGUUUUGAUGGUGUCGCAGGGGUGGGAAGAAGGAGAAGGGCUAGGGAAGGAUAAGCAAGGAAUUAAAGGAUACGUUAGAGUGAAAAACAAGCAAGAUACAGUAGGUGUUGGUCUAGAGAAGCCAAAUCCAUGGGCGUUUGAUACAGCUCAAUUUGAUAGUAUACUCAAAAGAUUAAGAGUGCAAGCAGCACAAAUUAAUGAUCAAGUUGAAAAGAAUGGAAAUUGUACUGUAGAAACUGAUGCUGAUGCAUCUAAUGAUGCAAAUGAAGGAGAAGUUGUCAAGGCAACUCGACUGCAAGGAAGAUAUAAAAAAAGAGAGAGCGGAAAGCUUGUUCAUGCAUAUUCUUCAAAGGAUCUGGAAGGAAUUCUUGUCAAAAAGGUUGAGGAGUCAACACAGGUAGAUCCUGAUCUGGACAAUGAAUUGGACCCUAUUGGAAUGUUUGAAGUUCAGGAUUUCUGUGAUAAAGGAAACAAGGCUGAAGAUGUUACUCCAGAAUGGUGGGGUCACAAGUAUGGCUUUGUCUCUGGAGGUAUUCUUGGAGCAGAAUCUAGAAAGAAAUUGCUCAAAACUGGUGAAGCUCAGAGAUGUGCCAAGAGAACUGUCUUUUUUGAAGAUGACCAAGAGAACCUCUACAAACUUGUUCAAGAUAAAUCAACAACUGGCAAGCAAGGUCUGGGAAUUAAGGGCCAACCAAAAAAGGUAGCGGGUGUCCACUUUCAAGGAAAAAAGAUGUCCUUUAAUACUAGUGAUGAUGAUGACUCAGCUGACUGUGGUCCUCCAGCAAAACGAAUGUGUGGUGAUGGAGUGAAAAUGGAAAAUGCUGAGGCAAAACUCAAGUUAAAAAGGCUAUGUAAACAGCUUCUUCGCCAGGUACCUGGGGAGUCAUUGAAACUAAAACAGCUGAAGGUUCUUGUUGAUGAACAUUCACCUUUAAUCUUCUCCAGCUUCUCUUCAAAGAAAUAUGCACUUGCUUACUUGAGACGAAAGCUUGAAGGCAGUAAGCAGUUUUCUAUUGUUGGGAACCGAGUAAGUCUCUCUUCUACAAGUUAGUGAGUGUAUUUCGUAUAGAUUGGAUUUGCAGCUGGGACUGGAUAAUUUUUAUCAUUUUUGUCAGCAUCAUAUUAUUUUUGUCUUCAUUAUGCAUUUUUGUUAUAGGUUUAAGUUCACCUGAGUUUAAAAAAGAAGAGUUUUAUACCAUUUUUUCAAUCUUGUGUACGCUUUUUGUAUGAUCUCAAAAUGCCCUCGAGCUGUAGUAAUAAAAUCAUUUUUCCUUU